AUGGCAUCCCCAAGGCACUUAGGUCGAGGGUCUGUGGACAUUGCAAAUGUGAUGCAAAAACUGCAGGAUGAGCAAGAGGCAGUGCAGAAGAGAACCUUCACAAAAUGGAUCAAUUCUCAUUUAGCAAAGUACAAACCACCACUCGAGAUUAACGACCUUUUCGAGGACAUCAAAGAUGGGGUGAAGCUCUUGGCUUUGUUGGAGGUUCUGUCUGGCCAGCGACUUCCCCGUGAGCAAGGCCGCCAGCUGAAGAGGAUCCACUGGGUUUCAAACAUCGGCACUGCACUCAAAUUCCUCGAAGGCAGAAAGAUCAAACUUGUUAACAUUCAUGCCACGGACAUCGCAGAUGGACGACCAUCAAUCGUUCUUGGCCUGAUAUGGACCAUUAUCCUCUACUUCCAGAUUGAAGAGUUAACCAGCAACUUACCAGCCCUCCAGGCACUGUCCAACAGCAACUCCUCUGUGGAGAGUUUAGCCAGCUCUGAAACAGGAAGCCCUCCCAUGAAGAGAAAGGUUGUUCACAAAUUUCAGGGCAAUGCCAAGAAGGCCCUGCUCAGAUGGGUGCAGUGCACAGCAGCAAAGCAUCAUGGAAUUGAGGUGAAGGACUUUGGUCCCAGCUGGCGUGAUGGUGUUGCGUUCCAGUCGGUGGUGCACGCCAUCAGGCCAGACCUGGUGGACAUGCAGGUGGUGAGGAGGAGGAGCAACAGGGAGAAUUUGGAGGAAGCUUUUGCACUUGCAGAAAACGAGCUUGGAAUACCCCGUCUGCUGGAUCCAGAAGACGUGGAUGUAGACAAGCCAGAUGAGAAAUCUAUCAUGACGUAUGUGGCUCAGUUCCUCAAGCACUACCCGAACCCCCACCACUCAGAGACUGAUGGACAACAAGAUGAGCUGCUUCUUGGCUCAAUUCCAACUUUUGCACUUUCAGUGCCAGUACUACAGAGAGAGGAGCGGAAGAUGCUGAGAGAGCUGAAGGUGUUUUUAGACCAGCUGGAGAGAGAUGUCCUGCGUGCCCAGGGAGCAGAGGGAAACCUCACUGACAAAUAUCAGGCAUUUAAGAGCUUCCGUGUGCAGUAUGAAAUGAAGAAAAAGCAGACAGAGCCGCUGCUUCAGCCCAUCCACAGAGAUGGCAAGCUCUCUGUUGACCAGGCUCUGGUCAAACAGGCGUGGGACCGUGUGUCUGCCAGGCUGCUGGACUGGCACAUCCAUCUGGACAAGUCCCUGCCUGGUCCGCUGGGAGUGAUUGGAGCCUGGCUUCACAGGGCAGAGAUUGCUCUGAGAGAGGACAUUCCUGUUCAUCAUGCUCAUGAAGAGACAGCCAAUGUUCUUCAUAGAAAGUUCGAGCAGCACAAGGAGGUUUUAAAGAACUUGGAAUCGCACAGACAACCCUUCCAACAGAUCCACCGGGACAGAUCAGUGAAUGGGGUACCUGUUCCACCUGAACAACUCCAAGAUAUGGCUGAACGGUUCAACUUUGUGUCCACAUCAUCACAUGCUCACUUGAUCAAAAUGGAAUUCUGUGAAAUGAAGUAUCGCCUCAUGGCAUUCCUGGUGUUAGCCGAGUCAAAGCUCAAGUCCUGGAUCAUUAAAUAUGGCAGAAGGGACUCCGUUGAGCUGCUGAUGCAAACCUACCUUACUUUCGUAGAAGGCCACAGGUUCUUUGAGCAGUAUGAGAUCAUCUACACAGGCCUCAAACAAGCUGCAGAGGUUUAUGUCAAGUCUGACAGUCAAAGGUCUAAGACCUGUAACAAAGUUGAUGAAGCAGAAGGGGUAAGUAAAUUCCUCAAUGAGGCGACAGCUCAGUGGAAGAACCUGGCGUUGGAGGUGCGGAGUGUCCGCAGCAUGCUGGAGGAGGUGAUCUCUAACUGGGAGAAGUACAGUAGCACAGUAGCAGCUCUGCAGGCCUGGUUAGAGGACGCUGAGCAGAUGCUCAAUCAGUCAGAGAAUGCCAAACGUGAUUUCUUCAGAAACCUGUCUCACUGGGUGCAGCAGCACAUGGACAUGAACGAUGCAGGGAAUUUCCUUAUUGAGACCUGCGAUGACACAGUUUCAAGAGAUCUAAAGCAGCAGCUUCUUCUUCUGAACGGGAGAUGGAGGGAGCUGUUUGUCAAAGUCAAACAUUAUGCAAGAGCAGAUGAGGUAGAUAAACUGAGGCAAGACUACCAUGAUGGGAUUAAUACCCUCAAAAUGUUCAUGGAUGCAACCAAUGAGAAGAUGAAUGCUCCUGUCCAAGUAUCUUUCCUGAACGUCAGAGCCUUUUCUCAGGAUGUUGAGGAAAUCAAGCACAAAGUGCCAGCUAUGGAAGCCGCCUGCAAGGCAGCGAGCCGUACUGCUCAGCUGUUGACCAAAGACACUCCACAGGAGGAAGUUUCCCAGAUGAUGGACGUGAUGGCUUCUGUCAAAGAGCAGCUGAGCAAGGUAAGGGAGAGAUGUUUACCUCUGCUGAGGGAUUCUCAGUCUCUAUUACCACCACUGGAAGAAAUGGAGAAAAACAUAACGGGCUUCUACCAGGCUCUGGAAAAGGCCAGUCAUAUCACCACCGACUCUGAGGGACCUGUUGACUUUAAACAGAAAUGCCAGGAGUUGGCGACCUUCACACACAGCUGUAAGAAGUGUCUGACAGCGAUAGAGAAAAACCACCAGACCAUCCAGAAAAUAAUGAAUAGCAGUAAAACCCUCCAGCACAUGGACAUGAGCUUGCUGCAGAAGAGAGUGUCAGACCUGCAGUCCUCAUCGCAGGCCAUGAUUAAGGAUUCUUCAGAGUGGCGCAAACAUGUGGAGGCAAACAGCAGCCUCAUGAAGAGGUUUGAUGAGUCACGGGUAGAGCUCGAGAAGGUUCUUAAAAUGGCACAGAAUUGUCUGACAGAAAGAGGCAACCCAGAGGAGCUGCUCAAGAAACACACAGAGUUCUUCGGUCAGCUGGACCAGAGGGUCUUGAAUUCGUUCCUCAAGGCUUGUGAUGAGCUCACAGACAUUUUGCCAGAACAGGAGCAGCAGUCACUGCAAGAAACAGUCAGGAAACUGCACAAACACUGGAAGGAUAUUCAAACAGACUCCCCUUUUCACCUCCUUCAUCUUAAAGUGGAGGUGGAGAAGAGCAAGCUGAUGGCGUUGCUGCAGGAGUGUCAGGCGGAGGUGACCAGGGAGAACCGCAAUCUGGCUAGUAUGGGAAGUGAAAGGCUCAUCAAGGAGCACAGGGCCUUCUUUAGGGAAAAGGGCCCCCAGUCUAUCUGUGAGAAAAGGCUGCAACUGAUGGAAGAACUAUGCCAAAAGCUCCCUGAGGGUGACCCGGUCCACCAAACUCUGGAAAGAGCAAGAAAGGACUUCUGUGAGGUCCGAGAGGAAAUCGAGAACACACAUCAGAAGUUAAUGCAGCAUCAAGAUAAAUGGAAUGACUACAACACAAGGUAUGCUGAACUCUCCUGCUGGCUAAUUUCGAAAGAAAGCCAGCUGAGGCUGCUGAGAAACCGAGCCAAUGACCCCAGAAAAUAUGGCCAGGUGAAGACCACCAUCAUGGAGCUGAGGAAUGAUGCAGAGCUACAGGAGGGGAAUCUUGGCUGGCUGAAAGCCCGAAUGGCUGUCCUCUUUGAAAUCAGUGCUGACAGCGAUGCUCAGAGGCAAGCAAGCGCUCUGAGUAAGCUCUCAACAGAUUUCAAGGGUCUUCUUGCAUCUCUCUUAGAGGCUGAGAAGAUGGUUCUGGCUGUGGGGGACUGUGUACAGUUCAGGGAAGAGGUACAAACAACUUUAGACGAUCUUGUUAAUGGACAGAAAGAGGCUCAGGCUGAGGUCACCAAAAUACUGGACUGUCCAACUGUCAGAGAAGCCCAGCAGCUACUUCUUGUUCACCAGCAACUGUUGAAACGCCUCAAGCUGAAGAGAAAGGACGUCCAGCAGCUCAUCACCAGAGGUCAGCAGCUCCAGGCUGAGGAAGGUUUGGGGGAGACUCUGCAGCAGGACCUGCAGAAUUUAGAAAACACACUCAGCAAAAUGGAGCAGAAUAUGGAUUCACAGGAACAAAGCCUCGAGGUCACACUGGCAGCCUGGCAGGAAUUUGACAGCCAGCAGGAGGCUGUGCAGGAGUUUGUUAAUAAGGCACGAUCCACAAUGGAGAGAGUGAACUUCAGCAGUCCAGAGAGCCUGGCUGUUGAACUGGACCAGGCCAGAGUGAUGUUAAAGCAGUGUGAAGCAGAAGCAUCACAUAUGAACACUCUGCUGAAGAGAACAACAGAAAUCCAGCUUGGUCCAAAAAACAAGACUCUGCUCCUACAACAAGCCCGUUCUCUGAGCGAGCAAGUGGACAAAGUAGAGGCAGGGCUGAAAAAAGAUGUCAAGACCCUAGAGGAAAUGAAAACUCAGUGGGAUCAGUUUGGAACUGGGUUUGACUUUUCCUUGUGGAUAUCUGAGAAAGAAAAGCAGCUGGAUGCACUGAAACCUUCCACUCUUCCUCUCGAGCAACAGAUCAAUGCUAUUAAGGAUGUUGGUACAGAGCUUCGGGAGCGAGCUGAGGUUCCUUCUCAGUUAGAGGCAGAUUCCCAGGCACUAGCCCAGUUUGUAUCUUCAGGUGAGGCAGCCCGAAUCAAGGCCCGACUGACCCAGAUCGGCAGGUACUGGGAGGAGCUGAAGGAGAGCGUACAGCAGCUUAAUGGACAGCUGGAGGAAAGCUCCUCUCACCAGCAAAAGUUCAAAAUGAGCAUUGACGAGGUGCAAGCAUCUCUCAGUGAGCAACACACAAAACUGGAGUCCCCUAUCCAGUCCUGCACCUCCUCAUCAGAGACCUACAAAGCUCUUCAGAACCACAUGGAUGUCUGCCAGCAUCUGGAGAAGCUGAAGGGAACCUUGCUGUCUCUGUCAGCUGGUGCUCGAAGACUCAGUGACAAAGAGCAUGCAGAGAGGACUGUGUCAGAGCUAAACACCAGCUAUGACCGAAGUGUACAGGAGGCAAAGGACAAACAAAGUACAUUGGAGAACCUGCUUUCUCUUUGGCAGAAGUAUGAGAAACAGCGUUCAAACUUUGUUUCCUGCUUGGAGAGGAGUGAGUCUGCUUCCAAACCAGAGAGUCAGUGUCUCUCUGCUGAUAAGACCAAACUCUGCACAGAGCUACAAGACUUGCAGGCCUUGUACUCUGAGGUCCGAUCUCUCGAGCUUGCUCAUGCUGAACUAGUAUCUUUGGGGACUUCCUUGUGUUCGACGGCACCAGAAGAGGGAGUGCGGCAGCUGAAAGAUGAGCUGGAGACCCUGCAGAGGAGACUGCAUGUUCAAAAUGAAGUCCUCCCCCAGAGAAUCAAAGAGCUUCAGGACCAUCUCUCACUGGUCGAGCAGUUUGAUCAGGCACUGCUUAAAUUCUCCCAGUGGAGUGAGACCAUGCUCUCAAAUCUGCACUCAGCCUCUCAAGUCAACAUCGGCAACCUGCAGUCUGCCACCACACAAGUAAAAGAGACCCAGGCGGUCAUACAGAAACAGUCUGGUGUGAGACAGAGCUUGGAACAGCAGACAGAGAAGCUCUGUAAGUUCUGUGAGCCUGGCGAUGCACAGCUCUUCCGCAGCAGAGCCGACAGCUGUCUGCAGCCCUACAUGGAGGCCAAGUACACAGCUGAUCUCCAGUUAGAGUGUCUUGAAAGGCUUGAGGCUUUUCUGCAGACACACAGUGUGGCUGCAGGUGUGCUGCGGGGUCUAAAGCAGACUGUGGAGAGCGCUGGAAGCUGGGAUCGUGGAAAAGUAGAGGAGCUGCAACAGGAGCUGGAGACUAUUGUCCCAGACAUCACCCAGCUCGAGAGUCUGGCUGUCAAUCUGGACAGCAGCCUCUGCAAAAGCCAUCUCCACAUUGGUGCUGACGAGGGUUCUCGUAAGUCCUGUCGCAUGCUGGCUGACUCGCUCAGUGCUGAACUGGAUGCAUUGAGGAACUUGCUUGGUACGAAACAGAGUGAAGCAGAGGCCCUGGGAGCUCUGUGGACCUCCUUCAGACAGCGGAAAGAACAGCUGCUCAAAGCUGUGGAGGACAUUGAAGAAAAAGCUGACCACCAGAGCUGCAAAGAGCCCAGUCUACAUGCUCUACAGCAGAGGCUGAGGUUCUUUAACCAGAUGGAGGAUGAGCUCCAGUCACACCAACAUGAGGAGCAGUGGCUAAGGGACAAGGGCAAUCAGCUGGCCCAGAGAGAUGCAGAGUUGGCUGGGGAGGUACUAAGGGAAAUAAGUCUGCUGGAGACCACGUGGGAGGACACCAAGAAGCUCAUAACAGAGAGACAAGAACAGUGCAAUGUCCUUGUUGAACUGAUGAGAGAAUACCAAAUCCUGAAAACCUCCAUUAGCGGCAUCAUUGAGAGUACUGAACCUCUGGUUGAGAUAAACUCUGUUUUAAAGGACUAUGAGGAGACCAGGAGGUCUCUAACCAAGCACGAGACAGUGAAGGUAGAGAUGGCCAGCAAGCAACAUGAACUGGAUCAGUUUUCCAGUAAAGGGAAGAAACUGGUGGCUGAACUGAAGAAGAUCCCUGAGUGUGAUGCUCAUAUGUUGAAGGAUGACAUGGAGACACUUGUUGAUCAGUGGCUGGAUGUUUCUGAAAAGAUAGACGACAACAUCCAUCGCCUGAAUCAGAGUUUGGCACUGUGGGAUGAUGUGCGUAAAAUCAGCGAGGACUCUGAGAGCUGGACAAGCAACUGUGUGAUUGAACUCAAUGAGAGCCUGAACAACCUCGAUGACAGUCAGAGAGUGUUUGCAAUGCUCUCCAGGCUACAGGUUGAAAUGGGUGAGAAGGAGCAGAAACUUGAAACUCUGCAAAACAGAAUUACAGAGCUGAAGAAGUGCAGUCAAAGUGAAGAGACCCCUGCUAAAUUACAGGUGCUGGAGAACGACCUACGUAAAAAGAUGAGCACUGUCAAGAAGCUACACGAGCAGGCAAAGGGAAACCUCACUGACUUCACUUCCCAAAGAAAACAGCUAGAGGACUACAUCUCACAGAUGUCUGCAUGGCUAAAGAGUAUGGAAGAUUCCCUUGUUUCUUCUCCCACUGGAUCGGAUCCAGAGGACAUCUGCAGAGUGAAGGACCUCCAGAAAGAGCUGCAAAACCAGCAGGGGAGCAUUGACUCGACCAGGGAGAGCCUCAACACCCUGUGUAGAAAGUAUCCCUCUGAAGAGCUCGCUGGUUUGGGUUCAGCCCUCACCGACCUCAUCAAGACCUACGAGUCUGCAAACCAGCUUUCUGCAAGGACGCUAGUAUCUCUGCAAAACUGUCUUCAGCAGCACUUCAAUGAUCUGGUUCAGGAGUUCCAUCGUUGGCUUUCAGAACAGAGGGAGAUAGUGAAAGAAUGCUCUGACCGAUCUGGAGACACACAAAUUGUGGAACGCAAACUACAGAAACUCAAGGGUGCCAUGGAUCGUGUGGAGGAGGGUGAGGUCCGCCUUACUCAAGUCUGUGAGGAAGGAGAGAAGCUCCUACUCCAUCUCCCGAAGGCUAGUGCCGGGCAGGUCCAGCAACACCUUUCCUCCAUCCAGCAGGACUGGGACAGCUUUGUGGAGCAGUGCAGGCAGAACCAACAGAUCCUGGAGGACAGUGCAUCUCUCAUGAAGGGAUUUGAGGGACGCCUUAAGAAGCUCAGGUGGUGGUUGGAGCACAUGGAAAAGAGAAUGACCACAGACCUACUUGAAGCCAAGCAACGGGGUCCUGAAAAGGCGGGGCUUGAGCAAGUGGAGGAAUAUCAGCAGGAAGUACUUAAAGAGAGGGAUUCGUUUGAGCGUUUAUGUCAGGAGGGACAGGCACUGAAUGAAGGUGGGCGAGGUGAUGGUAGUGAGACACGAGUGUCGGCUCAACUGCAGUCACAGCACCAGGCCUUACUGAGGCGUGUGAGAGAGAGGCUUCGCAGCUGCCAGGUCACUUUACAGGAGCAGCAAGCAUUUGAAGAGACACUGCAGACUACUUGGGGCUGGCUUAAUGGAGUCCAGGAGCGCCUGGCAUCACUCAACAGCACAGUUGGAAAUAAAGAGACUUUGGAGAAAAGACUUGGUCUUGUGCAGGAUAUCCUGCUUAUGAAGGGUGAAGGAGAAGUGAAGCUCAACAUGACUGUAGGAAAAGGAGAACAGGUCCUGAAACACAACAGAAUGGAGGGGCAGGAAGCCAUUUGUUCACAGCUACAGAAGCUGAAAGAUGCCUGGGCCAAUAUGUUGAUGACUUCCAUGAGCUGUCACAGUCGUCUGGAGUGGACAGUGGCCCAGUGGACCAACUUUCAGGAAAUUAAAAGUCAACUGCAGCAGUGGAUGGAGUCAGUGGAGCAGGAGGUGGGAAUGACUCUGCCGCAGCAGCCUGGGCUCAAAGAGAAGUCGGCUUUGCUUGAGCGCCUCAGGGCCAUCCAGGCUGAUGUGGACUCUCAUGCAGCAGCACUGUCACGCCUGACAGACAAAGCGGUGGAGAUGCACGAAAAAACUGGAGACCAGAACUUUGGUCCAGAGUCAAGGGCCGAGCUCAACGCACACUUUGCUGAUAUCUCAGCUGUUGUCAAGGGCAAAGUGCACUCCAUGCAAAACACUGUGUCUGAACAUGAGCAGUACCAUGAUGCUCUGAGAGACUUCAACGACUGGCUUAUUUCAGCAAAAGAGGAACUCCAACGCUGGUCGGAUCUGUCAGGAGACUCUGUUUCCAUAAAAAGAAAGCUCUCUAAAGUGCAGGAGUUGCUUGACUCUAAGCAGCGAGGUAGAGAGAGGCUGAACCGGGUUCAAAGAUGUGGAGCAGUGGCCAGGGAUCACACUGGCUCAGGGGGCUAUGAGGCUAUGGAGCGGGAGGAAGCAGCCCUCGUGUCAUCAUGGGAACAGUGGGAACGUGGAGCACUGCAAACAAGGGCUAGUCUGGAGACUGCCCUCUCCCAGAUAGCCAGCUCGGAACAAGAGUUCAACAGCCGUUCAGCACAGCUGGAGCAGGACCUGCGGGACCUCAGCCGCCAGCUAAAGGACUGGCGUCUGCGGUUGGCCCAAGCAGAGGGAAAAAACGAUGGAGAGGAGGCUGUUAAAGGCUGGCAGAUAGCAAAGGAAACUUUGGAGGAACUUGUCAAAGCUGAGCCCCUGUCUGAUAGUCUGAAGACUCAACUCAAUGAUCUGUGCAGAUUCUCUAGAGACGUGGGAACACAAUCUGAGAGAGUGUCUGCUCUCAUUAAGGAAUACAAUAGUCUGAGUCUCCAAGCAUCGAGAGACUGCCAGAGCAAAGAGAAGCUGCUGGAACAAGGGUUUCGCUCAGCCUUCAGAGAGUUCCAGCAGUGGUUGGUCAAUGCCAAGAUCAACACAGCCAAAUGCUUUGAUGUUCCUCAGAAUCUCAGUGAGGCCUCAUCCAGUCUGCAGAAGAUUCAGGAGUUUCUGAGUGACAGAGAGCAAGGUCAGUCCAAGUUGAAUGCUGUCGUUGUCAGCGGUGAGCUUGUGUCUACUAUAGCAGCCAAAGACAAAGUAGAUGCAGUACGGGCUAAAAUGAACACAGCCAAAGAGGACUGGAAAAAUAUCAUGACCAACCUGCACAACAGAGAGACCAACCUUCAAAACCUUUCAUCUCAGAUGAAAGACUUUGAGGCGAGUGCCGAGCCUCUUCAGGGGUUUCUGAAUGCCACAGAGAUGGCUGUACAGGAGAGCAGCACAAGACUUCAUGAUCUAACAGCCAAAAAGCAAGAGCUUCAUAAGCUACAGUCUGUGCUUGAGGAGUUAGCCUCUCACGAGAUUCAGCUGAACAGGCUAAAAGAGAAGGCCCAGCUGCUGUGGGAUGAACAAGCAGCCGGCAAGGGUUUUGUGCAUCGCGUCUCGCAGCUCUCUGCUCAAUACCUAGCUUUAACCAACCUGACCAAGGAGAAGGCAUCACGGAUUGACCGAAUAUCCACUGAGCACCAGCUUUUCUCCCAAGGGCUGAAGGAGCUGCAGAACUGGGUGGCUGACACCAGCCACAUGCUGCAGACUUACUGUUCCCCCACCGCUGACAAAAAUGUCCUUGAUAGUCGGAUGAUCAAGCUUGAGGCAUUGCUGACUGCACGUCAGGAAAAGGAGAUCCAGCUGAAGAUGCUGAUCACAAGAGGAGAGUCGGUUCAGAGGAACACGUCAGCUGAGGGAGUUCCUGUAGUCCAAAAGCAAAUCCAGGACCUUAAAGAUUCCUGGGAUGCCCUGCUCUCUGCCUCCAUACAAUGCAAAACUCAGCUGGAGGGUUCCCUGUCUCAGUGGACCAGUUACCAGGAGGAUGUUCGCCAGUUUGUUGCAUGGGUGGAGCGUGUUGAAGAGAGCCUAGACCCCACUGACAAACAGUGCCCAGAGAUGAGGGACAAAACUGCUAACCUGAGCAAAACCAAGUUGCUGUAUGAGGAAGUUCUCAGCCACAACAGCCUGCUGGAAACAAUCACUGCGAAGAGUAUCAGUAUCGUGGAGAGCUAUGUCACUCAACUUGAGCUUCAAGAACUGCAAGAGCGCUAUAACACUAUGAAAGACAAUGCCAUGAGGGCAGUAACUAAUGCUGAGGAGCUUGUGAAAGCCCAUCACGAGUAUCAACGGGGCCUCCAUGCAUUUGAGGACUGGCUCGAACAAGAACAAGAGAAACUUGGCUGCUACACCCAACUGGAGGGUGAUGUGGAUAUGCUGGAGGAAACUCUUCAAAAGCUGCAGGAACUGCAGCUGCACUGUACAGAGGGCCAGGCUUUGCUUAACACCCUCCUGGUCAGUCGAGAACUGGUCGUUCCCUGGGGCCUGCCUCAGAUCGAAGACCGAGAACUGGAGUCCCUGCAGCAGGACUGGAGGAUGUACCAGGCACGACUGGCUGACACCCGGUCUCAGCUCAACAGUGCUCUGGCCAAACUUCGACAGAUGGAUCAAAAAUUUCAGCGUCUUGACAGCUGGCUUAAGGGCAUGGAGACUAAAGCACAACUACGUAGCCACAGGCGGUCCGACCGUACCACCAAAGAUGCCCAGCUCCAGCUUAUAAAGAGCUGGCAGGAAGAAGUGCUGGUUUAUCAGGAGGAGAUGGAGGGCCUCAGUCUCUUGGCUCAGCAGGUUUUAGAUGAGACUCACAUCAGCAGCCAGAUCAGUAGCAGAGCCACCAAGAUCACAGCACGCUACCACGUCCUGCUCCUGCAAUUACUGGAAACAAUCAAACAGCUCCAGGAGGAGGUGUCUUGCAUUGAGGAGGCACAGUGUGUCUUCGGUACUUUCUCCGACUGGCUCAGCACAGCUCAGAGUAACUUCAGCACAGUGGCUAUCAGUGUUGAUGCAGUUGACCGCUUUGCUAUGGAGAGAAAGAUGAAAAAACUAGAGGCUCUUCAAGGUGACAUGGAUCAGGGUCACACCUACCUCAAGACAACGAGGGAGAAGACAGAGCGAGCCAUGGUGUUCUUGGAAGAGCCGGAGGCAGAGCAGCUGAAGGAGGAGGUAGACACUCGCCUUUCCCAGCUAUCAGAGCUGAUGGAAGCUCUGCGCACAGAGCAUAGCUCCCUUGAGAAAUGUAUCUCACUCUCUAAAGACUUCAUGGAUAAAUACAAAACCCAAGCCCAGUGGGUGAAGGAGACCAAGAGCCUUUUGUCAUCAAAUGUUGAGCCUAAAGCUGAACUUUAUCAGAAGAAGGCUCAGCUUGCAAAAUACAAGACCAUCCAGCAGACAGUGCAGUCUCAUGAGUCCGCAGUGAAAUCUGUCUUUGAGAAAGGAGAAGCCUUGCUGGAAACAGUCCAUGACACCACUAUAAGUGACAAAAUGAAAAAGCUGCAGGCUGACUAUCAAGAUCUCUGCUUAGCAGCUAAGACACAGGUCCAAAACCUUGUGGAGUGGGUGAAGGAGCAUGAGGAUUACAACAGUGAAUUGCAAGAGGUGGAGAAGUGGCUCCUACAGAUGUCCAGUCGACUGAUCACCUCAGACUCCAUGCAGACCAGUGGCAUGGAAAUGGCCACGCAGCAACUUGCCCGACACAAGGCAAUAAUGGAGGAGAUAGCCAGUUUUGAGGAGCGUCUCACCAGCUUGAGGCAGAAAGGCGAAGACCUUGUUGCUAGCUGUACAGACCAAGUGCAAGCAAAGAUCAGUCAACAAGUCCAGGCUCACCAACAGGGCACCAGAGACAGCUACUCUGCCAUUUGCAGCACUGCUCAACGUGUGUACCAGAGUCUAGAUCGAGAGCUGCAGAAACACGUCAGCCAUCAGGACACUCUGCAGCAGUGCCAAACCUGGCUCUCCACAGUGCAGGAGGAGCUUCAGCUCAAUGAUCAGGGACCAACUGGUCUGCAGGAAGCACUGAAGCAGGUGAAGCACUACAGGGCCCUUCAGGAGCAAGCAAGCACUUACUUGGACCUUGUGUGUUCAGUGUGUGACCUGUCUGAUGAUGCUGUGAGAGUAGCAGCUACUGACGUACAGCAGGUCAAACUCACGAUAGAGGAAAGGAUGUCCAGUGCACAGGAACUCUCAGAGGGCUGGCGGGAGAUCAAGGAACAGAAGCAAGAUCUGACUAGCCUGUUUCAGGAUAUGGAGCAGCAGCUCCUCAGCUUCUCCAGAAGGCCAGCCGAGUUGGAGACCAAGAUAGCUCAAAACAUGCUGUCUCAAGCCAAGGAAUGCAGCCUGCAUCUGCAGUCCAAACAGAGUAUCCUGACCAAGAUGACGGAGACUGUGAGCAGAUUGACUGGUGGCCAUGACUCUGCAGAACAUGCUGAGCUUGACCGUCUGAGCCAUUCCUGGCUCGAGCUCUGCCACCAGGCCAACAAGCUGCAGAGCCAGAGAGAGGAAGAUCUGCAGAGGUCGAUAGAAUACCAUGACUGCAUCAGUGCAGUGGAGGCAUUGUUUGAACAGGUGUCCAAAGAGUGGGACAAUCUGGCCAGAACGGAUGCCGAAAGUUCAUCCCAGCAUUUGGAGGCUUUACGAAGGCUUGCAGUUACUCUGGAUGAACAAAAAGGCACUCUUGAAGAGCUUAAGGAACAGAAGCAAAAAGUUAUCCAACAUUUGAACUUGGAUGACAAGGAGCUGGUAAAGGAGCAAAUCAGCCAUUUUGAGCAGCGCUGGUCUCAGAUGCAAAACCUCAUUGAGAGGAAAAUCCAGGACUCAGUGGUGACCCUGGAGGAUAUGGGCCAAGUCGAGGCCCGUCUGAGAGAGGCUCGAGACUGGGCAGAGGAGCAGCAGCCAGCCCUGUCUGAGGCUAUGAAAAUGAGCCCUCCUCCAGAGCUCGCUCAGAGUUUCCUGUUUGACCACCUGAGCAUCUGUAGUGAGUUGGAGGCCAAGCAGCUCCUGCUGGCACAGGCCAUGGUCGACGCUGAUAGGGUAUUGGCCCGUCUAGGCCUCAGUGAGCGACAACGUCUGCAGCAGCUUAUCGUGGACACUCAAUCUGAGGUUGAAUCUCUGAGCGAGAAAGUUGUGCAGCGCAGAAAACAUCUGAGCAAGGCCUUCACAGAGAGAACACAGUUCCUGAUGGCUGUGGGCCAGUCCAUCUCCUGGGUGCAGCAGAAUGAGAAGAAGGCCCAGGCAGAGGAGUACAUUGCUUUGUUACCUGAUGACCUGGCUAAACAGGUCAGAACUUGUAGGAACAUUCAAAGCAGUCUAAAAGCCUAUCAGAGCGAGCUGACCUCCCUGUGGUCUCAGGGGAGGGACCUGAUGAGAGAUGCCAGCGAGGAGGAAAGGAACGAGAUCCUCACAAAGUUGCAGGAGUUACAAAAUAUCUUCGACAAAACAUUACACAGAUGCGGUCAAAAACUGCAGGAGCUUGAAAAAGUACUUGUUUCAAGAAAAUAUUUCAAGACUGAUCUAGAGAAAAUAUGCCUGUGGAUAAAACAAGCUGAUAUUGUCACCUUCCCUGAGAUCAAUCUGAUGGUUGGAGAUGCUGAAUUGGAAGCUCAGCUUCUUAAGUAUCAACAUGUUAUUGAGCAGGCAAUUGAAUAUGAGAAUCUUCUUCUAAUCGUACAAAGAGCUGGCCAGGAAAUAUUGCCCAGUCUAAACGAAGUAGACCAUUGCUAUUUGGAUGAAAAACUCAACACUCUCCCCCAGCAAUAUAAUAACAUAUUAGCACUAGCCAAAGAAAAGCAGGAGAAAAUCCAGCAGGCCAUUCUCACUAGGAAUGAGUACACUUCUUUCAUAGAUGUCACCCAUAAAGCCCUGCAAGAACUUGAAGAACAGUUCAAUAAUCUUGGCACUCAGCCUGUAGGGCUGCAGACAGAAGAGGUUGUUAGUUUGCAGUGUGAUUAUAAAGCGAUCCAGGCAGACCUGAGCAGCCUGGGUCUAGCUGUGAGUGAACUGAACCAGAAGAAGGAGGGCUUUCGAAGCACGGGUCAGCCAUGGCGGCCAGAGGAAAUGACCCAGCUUGUUAGUCUGUACAACGGACUAAAGAGGUUGAUUGAACAAAAAGUGGAGCAUCUGGAUGAAACCUUGGAGUCAUUUGAGGACCGCAAGGCGAUGGCUAUGCAGGUUGACUCUGAGUUGAAAGCCACAAAAGAGCAGCUGGUCAAAGUGAAUGCAGAGACACAGUCAGCUGAGGAGAGGCUAAAAAAUUACCACGCUCUGGCAGGAAGUCUCCAGAGUGCCAACUCUCACCUGUCGCGGCUCAUGGAGCAGAUGGACACUCUCGCACCCCGCGUGGACCUAGCAGCCCAUGAUGCUUCCAAAGAUCAAGUGGUUCUGUGGCAGGAGGAGCUGCGAUCUUUGCAGGCUGCAGUAGGAGACCUCAUAGAAGAGUGUGAGAACAGGUUUGUCCAAAGUAAAGACUUUGAGACAGAGAUGAAACGGACCCUGGACUGGCUGCAGCAGGUCAGAGAUGAAUUGGGCUAUGCUGUGAUUGUUGAUGUGAGGGUGGAGAAGGUGCAGGAGGAGAUCAGAAAGCAGCAAAUCAUGCAAGAGGAAGUGCAGUCGAAGCUAAGAAUAGUGGCUGCUCUAAGCAGUAGAGAGAAACAGAAGUACACCAGCGCAAAUGAACUCGUUCCCAACCAUGUAGAUACAAGCCUAGAGGAAAUGGCAAAACUGCAGGCAGACGUUCAGAAAGCACUGAGCUCCAAGCAGAUAACCCUGGAGGAUGCCCUGGUGUUGUGCCAGAAGUACCACUUCAGGAUGCAGUCAGCCUGUGAAUGGCUGGAGGAUGCCGUGUCCUUCCUGCAGCAAGCAAGCCUGGGUGUGGACGUGGAGAACUAUGAGGAGUGUCUCAGGCAGCAGGGGGACAUCAUGGCCACGGAGCAGGAGUUUCUUAUCCACCUGGAGGAGCUGCAGGCCCUGCUGCCUUCGCUUGAGAACCUGGUCAACCCCACAGCUAAAGAGCAGCUCAGUGUGAGUGUAGAGUCCGCAAAGCAGAGAGGUAUGGAGGUCCGAGAUCAGCUCCAGUGUCACCAUGAUGUCCUUUACAGCUGUGUGGAUCAGUGGAAGACAUACCAGGAAGCUAGGCAGACUGUCAUUGAACUCAUGAAUGAGGCUGAAAAGAAGCUGACUGAAUUUUCCACUGCAAAGGCUGGCACAGGCCAAGAAGCUGAAGAUAAGCUUUGCAGUCAUCGGUCCCUUGUAUCUCUGGUCAAUGGCUUCCAAGAGAAGCUGAGUGGUCUUGAGGAGCAAGCUGCCCAGCUGGAGCUGGUGGGGAGUGAUGCCAGUAAGGCCACCAUCAGUCGCUCCAUGACCACCGUGUGGCAGCGCUGGACACGGCUACGAAGCGUAGCCCGGGGACAGGAGAGAGUGCUCGAGGACACAGCACAGGAAUGGAGAACUUUUAGAGAGAAAAUGGUGAAGGUGAGAGCAGUCGCUGAUGAGCUCCAAAAUCGUUUUCCAGACAGCGCUGUUGAAAAGGCUUCUAAAGCCACCCUGCAGUCACUCUUGGACCAGCAUGACCUGCUUAGCCAAGACCUGGAGAGAGAGCUCACUGCCCUCACACUGCUGCGCCAGUAUGCUCUCAGCCUUCUGCAUGAUGUCGAGGUGCCUUCACCGACAAAUGAGCAGGAUGAGCUGCCCAGCCUGAAGGAGAUUAGAGUUGUACAAGACCAAAUGGAAAGCCUCCUGACACAGUCCAGGACCAAGCGGGCUCAAGCAGCUCAAGAACUGAGGGACAGAGAGGAGGUGGAGAAAGAACUUAGUGUCGUCAAAGCCUGGAUUCAGGAAACCAGGGAGCUUUUUCUCAAUCCCACUCCAGACAUUGAUUCCUUGCUGCAGGAACUUGAGGUUGUUCAUGAGGAUGUGGUCACUUAUCGUCAGAAUGUGGAUAAAUUAGCAGAGCAGCAACAGAGCAAAUAUCUGGACCUCUACACCAUUCUGCCCUCUGAAAUCUCCAUGCAGCUGGCCGAGGUUUCCCUUGCAUUGGGUGCCAUUGAGGAUCAGGUUCUUUCAAAAGAGAGAGAAAUUCAAAGAACCAGAGAAAUAAAAGAUAACUUCAGCACCAGAAUCCAUGACAUCUCUGAGAAGCUCAAAGCAACAUCAGCUAAAUUUAAGGAAAAAUCUCCUGAUGUUGAUCAUGCCAAAGAAGAAGUCAAGAGCCUGGCCGAGGACUUGGACUGUUGUGGUCGCACCCUCUCAGAACUGGACGCUGCAGUGCAAGAGUUUGGCCGCAGGAAUCCCCUGCUUGCAAAACAGCUUGGUGACGCCAUAAGCAAGCUAUCAGAGAUGCAUCAUCACACAACACGGCUAGCAGACUGCAGGAACAACUGGCUCAAAAAGGCUGUCUGUUAUUUGGAUGAGUAUAAUGAGAUGCUAGACUUCAUUGUGAGGUGGUCAGAGAGAGCCAAAAGCCUGGUGAGAGCAAACAUCAUCUGGAACUCCUCUGUUCAUCUUCAGGAGCAGAUACGAAUGUACCAGGCUGUCUUGCGUGAGUCUCGCGAGCUCCAUGGAGACCUGGAAUCAAUGGCAGAGAAAGUAGAUCUCCUGUCGGAGGUGCUGCAGGUUGAGUCUAUGAGCCAACAGGUUUGUGAACUCAGUCGACACACUGAGGAGCUUCAGCAGAUAAUCAAGACACGGCUUCAGAGCUUGGAGGAUGCAAAUAAGUAUGGAGGCCUUGAGUACGAAGUUAAGGCUCUACAUGUUGCUCUAGAGCAAGUCCAAGCCACCCUGACUUCGCCAGAGUUAUCACGCCAGAGUCUCAAAGAACAGCUGGCUCAGAGACAGCGUCUGUUGGCUGACAUGGAGAGCUUCAAGCAGCAGGUGCAGGCGGUGCAGCUCUGUCAGAGUGCACUGCAGGUCCCAGAGGAGGUGAUGCCCAACCUCGCCAUCUGUCGCACAGCGCUGCGUCUGCAGCAGGAAGCCAGUCAGCUGCAGCAUGUUGCCAUUCAGCAAUGCAACAUCCUGCAGGAGGCAGUGGUGCAGCAUGAGCAAUAUGAACAGGAAGUGAAAGAGCUCCAGGGGCUAAUAGAGGAAGCACACCGUGUCAUCCAGGACCGACCGAUCCCCUCAAACAACAUCCAGGAGCUUCAAGCCCAGAUCCUCCACCAUGAAGAACUAGCCCAGAAGAUCAAAGGUUACCAGGAGCAGAUCGCCUCACUAAACUCAAAAUGCAAGAUGCUGGCAGUAAAAGCCAAACAUGCCACCAUGUUGCUGACAGUGACUGAUGUGGAAGGACUGCCUGAAGGGUUGCACGAGAUGGAUGAGGAGAAAUCCAAGAAAUCUUCAGCACAGGCUGUCAUGAUGACUGCUGGCCGCUGUCACACCCUCCUCUCUCCUGUAUCUGAGGAGUCUGGGGAGGAGGGCACGAACAGUGAGAUUUCUUCUCCUCUUGUCUGUCGCUCUCCAUCUCCCAUCACUUACACUGAGGCCACUAUAACCAAGAUGGGAAGAGGGACACUUACAAGAGCUCCCAUCCAAGAAUUAUAUGACCCAACAUUUGAGUCAGUGGCCAACUUAGAUGACUUGCAGCGCUCAUGGGAGACAUUAAAGAACGUGAUCAGCGAGAAGCAGAGGUCUCUGUAUGAAGCUCUGGAAAAGCAACAACAUUACCAAGGCUCACUCCAGUCGAUCUCUUCCAAAAUGGAGGCUCUUGAAGCCAAACUGAGUGAGCCUCUUGAGGCGGAUAAAAGCCCAGAUAGCCACAUUAAGACACAUGAGGGACUUGUAGAAGAGAUUCAGAGUGCACAGGAGGAUAUAAACAGUCUGCAGACGAGCUUCACAGAAGAUCUGGCCUCAGAGGCCGUGGACUCAGACAUGGCUGACCAGUUGGCCAUGCAUUCCUCCCUUGCCGUGUUAGCCGAGAGGAUGGCCACCAUCCACAUGAAGGCCUCAGGGAAACAGCAAGUGUUGGAGGAGCGCGUUUAUGACCGUCUGGAGGUUGAACGUCAGGAGCAGGCCAUACAGCUCCAUCAAUCCAGAGCAGAUGAGAUGGAGCAGUGGUUGAUCAGAAAGCGUGGCGCUGUAACCUCCAUCCUUGAACCUCCGGAGGAGACGGAUAUGGAGGAUCAGCUGUCUGAAUGUCAGAACAUGCUCCUGGAGAUUGAAGAGAAGGUGCUGGCCCUGUCAGAGUUGUCCAUGCACAGUGAGAACCUGCUGCUGGAGGGAAGGACAGAGACCAGACAGGAAGCGGAACAGCUGGCCCGCAAGUUACGCACACUGAAAGGUGGCCUGUUGGAGCUGCAGAGGAUGCUACAAGACAAACAGAUUAAUAUCCAGGGCUCAUUGCAGGACCAGGAGGACAGUGAAUCAGACUCCAGCCUGUCUCAGAGUCCCAGUGUGCAGGACUGGCUGGCCCAGGCUCGGACUACACGUUCCCAACAGCACCAGGACAGCCUUCAGAGACAGAGGGAACUGGAAGAGCAGCUUGCAGAGCAAAAAAAGUUGCUCCAGUCAGUUGCCAGCAGAGGAGAGGAGAUCCUCAUCCAGCAGGCCUCCCCAAGCAGUGCCAGUUCAACAGAACCAUUUUCACCAGCAUCUUUUGUUGAGAGAGAAUCUCAGGCUGCACAAGAGCAGAUGAGGCAGAGAUGGGAGAGCCUGAGACUGGAUCUUAAAACCAAACUGCAGCUCCUCCAGAAAACCCUUGAGCAGGACCACAAACAGCCGGUAUAUUCCAGAACAUCUCGUGUGACAACAGCGGGAUCACUGUAUAAAGAAGAAACACAGGCUGACAAAGCCUCCCUGAAGACUCUGUAUGAUAGCUUCAGACAAACAGUAGAGGACAUUACCGCUCAGCCCGGUGGUGGUGAGACACAGGUGCCGCAGAUGGAACAGCAGCUCUACGCAGCUGUGUCAUCCACCUCCUCUUGGCUGGAUGGUGUGGAGAACAAUGUCUUCUCUGGCUCAGUGCUGCUAGCUGAAAACACCGAGACCCAGCUACAAAAGCAGGAGACCUUAGAGAAUGAUGUGAGGCAUGUCACAGAGGACGUGAAGCUCAGCCAGGCUCUGCUAGCCGGGUCUUCAGGGUUGAGACAAGACGAGCGAGCGCUGCUAGAGGACAACCUGGACUGCCUGAAAGAGAGAUUAGGAGCUCUGGGUUGUGCUCUGGGGCAACGCUGUGACCACAUGAGGACCAGAACACACGAGCUCACUGCCUAUCAGACCGAAUUGCAACUUCUUCAAACUGCUUUAAUUGAGACCAAGUGCCAGAUCCUACAGGCCUUAGCUGGAACAAUGGAUAGACCAGCCUCAAAACAACUUGAGGUAAUAGCGAGUGCAGAGGAGAGCCUGAAAGACUUUGAACAAAGGAUAACAGAGCUCAAAACCAGAGGAACAGCAUUACAGACGGAUCAGAUAUCAACAAACAAAAUACUAAAACUCCAGGAUUCCUAUGAGGAGCUGGUGAUGACGGUGGGAUCCCGGCGCAGUGGCCUGAACCAGAACAUGGCUCUGAAGGAGCAGUACGAGCGAGCUCUGCAGGACCUGACCGACCUGGUGGACACAGCUAAAGACAAGAUGGCUGCCGAUCAGAGGAUCAUUGCCAGCUCUGUUGAUGAAGUCCAGAAUCACCUAGACAAACAUAAGGAGUUCUUCCAGGGUCUGGAGUCCCACAUGAUUCUAACAGAGACGUACUUCAGAAAAAUUAGUGCUCUGAUGCUUCCGAAAGAGAGUCAGGCCCUGGAGGAGACUCUCGCUGAGGCGCAGAGUGUCCUCAAAGAGGCACACAGCAAAGGAGUGGAGCUGGAGUGUAUCCUGGAGACUUGGUUCCGCUUGGUGCAGGACUACCAAAGUCUGAAUCGCCAUCUAGAAGCAGUUGAAGGAAAUAUUCCAACAGUUGGCCUGGUGGAAGAGACUGAGGAAAAGCUCAUGGAUAGAAUCUCAUUGUAUCAGGGCUUAAAAGGAAGACUGACAGAGCACCAGCACAAGCUCUACCAGGUGCUGGAUGAGGGCAAACAUCUCCUACUGUCAGUUUGCUGUCCUGCUCUGGAGAACCAACUCGCUCUGCUGGGUGAACACUGGCUAAACAACACCGCAAAGAUCAACAAGGAGCUGCAACGCCUGGAGGCAAUCCUAAGACACUGGACCAGGUAUCAGAGGGAGUGUGCAGAGCUUAGCCAGUGGCUGCAGUCUGCUCUGGAGCGUCUGGAGUUUUGGAACACGCAGGCGGUGUUAGUCCCACAGGACCUGGACACUGUCAGAGACCAUCUUUCUGCCUUUCUUGAGUUUUCAAAAGAAGUUGAAAGCAAGUCAAGCCUGAAGAGCUCAGUGGUAACCGAGGGGAACCAGCUGCUGCGUCUGAAGAAGGUGGACACUGUAGUGCUGAGGUCCGACCUGGCACGCAUAGACACGCAGUGGACUGAGCUGCUCACACGCAUCCCAGUGGUCCAGGAGAAGCUGCAUCAGAUCCAAAUGGAGAAGCUGGCCUCACGUCAUGCCAUUUCUGAGCUGUUCAACUGGAUAGCACUGAUGGAGAACGUCAUCGAGGAGGAUGAAGAAAACCUCAAGAGUUCAGUGGGGUCAAAUGUCAUUCAGGACUACUUGCAAAAGUACAAGGGUUUCAGAGUAGAUUUAAGCUGUAAGCAGCUGACUGUGGACUUUGUCAACCAGUCGGUGUUGCAGAUCAGUGGUCAGGACGUGGAAAGCAAGCGCAGUGAUAAAACAGACUUUGCUGAGCGUCUCGGAGCCAUGAACCGACGCUGGCAGAUACUACUAGGCCGUAUCAAUGAGAGGAUUCAGUUCCUGGAAAGCCUUUUGGGGAUGUGGUUGGAGUAUGAGAGCAGCGUUCAGGCCCUGAAGUCCUGGAUGGGAACACAAGAGGAUAGAUUAAAGAGGAAACCUCGGAUAGAGGAUUUGACAUCUGUGCAGAAUGCUCUCAAAGACUGUCAGGAAAUGGAAGAGUUGGUGAAGGAGAAAGAGAAAGAGCUAGAGAGAGUAGAGGAGCAGGGUUGUGCCCUUGUCCAGAACAAGACCGAUGAGGCCUGUGCUAUCGUCAUGGAGACACUCCAGGGUGUCAAUCACACCUGGGCUAACCUGGACCACUUGAUAGGGCAACUAAAGAUCAGCCUGAAGUCAGUGCUGGAUCAGUGGAGUCUAUACAAGAAGGCUUCAGAAGAGAUCAAUGGCCACCUGAUGGAGGGAAGGUACUCUGUAUCUCGUUUCCGCCUCCUCACUGGCUCUCUGGAGGCUGUUCAGCUGCAGGUGCAGAGUCUCCAGGAUCUGCAGGAGGAACUGGAGAAACAGGAGAGCAGUCUGAGGAAGUUUGGUGCUGUGACCCACCAACUGCUGAAGGAGUGCCACCCUUCAGUGUCAGACUCUCUCAACAAUGCUCUUAAGGAUGUCAACGCAAGAUGGACUGGCUUACUUGAAGAGAUUGCAGAGCGUCUGAGAAGCAGCAAAGCCCUUCUUCAGCUGUGGCAGCGUUACAAAGAGCUUUAUGAGCAGAGCUGCAGCAGCAUCCUGCUGCAGGAGGAAAAAGCAGAUCAGCUGCUCAAGCUUGCCUGCAGCAAGGACAUCGCUGACGAAGAAGUGUCAGACUGGAUCCAAGAAUGCAGCGAGGUGCUCCGGUCUCAGGCUCCUGUGCAGGCCUCCUUGCAGGUUCUUCAGGAACUGGGAGACCAGCUGAAGCAGCAGGUGGACACAUCAGCUGCCUCAGCCAUUCAGUCAGAUCACCUUUCUCUCUCCCAACGACUCUCUGCUGUGGAACAGGCCCUUAACAGACAGCUCACCACGCUGCAGACCGGAGUACAAGACUAUGAAACCUUUAAUGAUCAGCUGGAUUCUCUGGGGUGCUGGAUAGUUGAAGCUGAGGAGGCUCUGAAGGUGCAAGAUCCCAACGGCUCAACAGACCCGACAGUCAUCCUGGAUCGAAUGGAGGAGCUCAAGAGACUAAUGCUGAAAUUCAGCAGUAUGGCUCCAGAACUCGAGCGUCUUAAUGAGCUUGGUUAUCGGCUCCCUCUUAAUGAUUCAGAGAUCAAGCGAAUGCAGAACCUGAACAGGAGCUGGUCAACAGCCUCAGCACAGACCACAGAGAGAUUUAGCAAACUCCAGUCUUUCCUGCUGCAGCAGCAAACCUUCCUGGAGAAGUGUGAAACAUGGAUGGAGUUCUUGGUCCAAACUGAAGAGAAUCUAGCUGUGGAAAUUUCUGGAAACUACCAGAGUUUGAUGGAGCAGCAAAAAGCUCAUGAGUUAUUCCAAGCAGAGAUGUUCAGUCGGCAGCAGAUCCUCCACUCUAUCAUCAGUGAUGGACAGAGGAUGUUGGAGCAGGGUCAAGUAGAUGACAGAGAUGAGUUCAACCUGAAGCUGGCUCUCUUGAGUAACCAGUGGCAGGGCGUAGUGCGGCGUGCUCAGCAGAGGCGGGGCAUCAUUGACAGUCUGAUCCGGCAGUGGCAGCGCUACAGAGAAAUGGCAGAGAAGCUGCGUAAAUGGCUGGUGGAGGUCUCCCACCCUUCAGAAGCCCUUCAGACAGGCACUACAGUGCCGCUUCAACAAGCUCGCUCCUUGCUGGAUGCCGUCCAGCUGAAGGAGAAGGUGCUGCAGCGCCAGCAGGGCAGCUACAUCCUGACCGUAGAGGCUGGCAGACAACUACUCCUAUCAGCUGAUAGCCGGGCAGAGGUGGCCCUGCAGGCAGAACUUACAGACAUUCAGGACCGAUGGAAGCACGCCAACACCUGCCUGGAUGAACAGAAGAAAGAUCUUGCCACCUUGUUAAAGGACUGGGAGAGGUGUGAGAAAGGUAUUGGUGGAUCCCUGGAAAAGCUUCGUGCCUUCAAGCGGCAGCUGUGUCAACCUCUUCCUGAUCACCAUGAGGACCUGCAAGCUGAACAGAUGCGAUGCAACGACCUGGAGAAUACUUUUGACGGCUGGACUGGGGAUCUGGCCCAUCUGAAUGUGUUGAGGGAGUCCCUGUCUUGCUACAUCACUGCUGAGGACCUGUCAGUCCUGCAGGAGCGGAUAGAGCUACUUCAUCGGCAGUGGGAUGAAAUCUGCCACCAGCUGUCUCUGCGCAGGCAGCAGGUGAGUGAGAAGCUGAAUGAGUGGACCGUAUUCAACGAGAAGUACAAAGAGCUCUGUGAGUGGCUCACCAACAUGGAGAGCAAGGUGUCCCAAAAUGGAGAUAUCAGCAUCGAAGAGAUGAUUGAGAAGCUCCGCAAGGACUACCAGGAAGAGAUCACUGUGGCUGAGGAUAAUAAGAUGCACCUGCACCAGCUGGGAGAGCGCCUGGCCAAAGCCAGUCACAAGAGCAAAGCAGCUGAAAUUGAACAAAAACUCACCAAAGUGAGCGACCGCUGGCAGCAUCUGCUGGAUCUCAUCGGCACCAGAGUGAAGAAGUUGAGAGAAACGUUGGUAGCCGUGCAGCAGCUGGAUAAGAACAUGAGUAGCCUUCGCUCCUGGCUGGCUCACAUCGAGACCGAGCUGUCCAAACCCAUAGCCUAUGACUCCUGUGAUUUCCAGGAGAUUCAGAGGAAGCUCGAUUUGCAGCAGGAGCUUCAGCGUGAUAUAGAGAAACACAGUACAGGAGUGGCGUCUGUACUAAACCUCUGUGAGGUGCUUCUGCACGACUGUGAUGCCUGUGCCACCGAUGCAGAGUGCGACUCCAUCCAGCAGGCAACUCGUAGCCUUGAUCGCCGCUGGAGGAGCAUAUGUGCCUUGUCUAUGGAAAGGAGAAUCAAGAUUGAGGAGACUUGGCGUUUGUGGCAGAAAUUUCUGGAUGACUUUGCACGAUUUGAGGAGUGGCUGGCCACUUCAGAAAAGACUGCUGCCCUGCCCAACUCCUCUGGUGUUCUUUACACUGUAGCCAAGGAGGAACUUAAGAAAUUUGAGGCCUUCCAGAGGCAAGUCCAUGAAAGCCUAACACAGCUAGAGUUAAUCAACAAGCAAUACCGCCGCCUGGCAAGAGAGAACCGCACUGACUCUUCCUGUCGUCUGAGGGAGAUGGCCCACGAUGCCAAUCAGCGAUGGGACAACCUGCAGAAGAGGGUGGCAUCAAUCCUCCGCAGGCUUAAGCACUUUAUCAGUCAGAGAGAGGAGUUUGAGACGGCCAGAGACAGCAUCCUGGUGUGGCUGACAGAGAUGGACCUGCAGCUGACCAACAUCGAACACUUCUCUGAGUGUGACAUUCAGGCCAAGAUUAAACAACUCAGGUCUUUCCAACAGGAGAUCUCCCUCACUACUGCAAAGAUUGAGCACAUCUUCCACCAGGGAGAGGCGCUGAUAGAGAAAAAUGAGCCUCUGGAUGCUGCUGUCAUCGAGGAGGAGCUGGAAGAGCUGCAGCGCUACUGCCAGGAAGUGUUUGGCCGAGUGGAGCGCUACUACAAAAAGCUCAUUCGGCUUCCUCUUGCAGAUGAUGAUACUGAGGUGUCAUUAUCGGACCGUGAGCUGGAGCUGGACGAGCCAUGUGAUUUGUCCAGUCUGCCAUGGAACGAGCGCUUGGGAGAUGGCUUCCUGUCUCCUCUGCCCUCAUCAGGCCGCUCAGCCUCCCUUGCUGCCCAGUUUAGGACUGAGCGAUCAGGCAGGGACACCCCAGCCAGCGUGGACUCCAUUCCCCUGGAGUGGGAUCAUGACUACGACCUGAGCCGUGGGCUGGAGAGUGCCAGCAGGGCCCUGAGAGAGCAGCAGAGUGAAGAGGGAGACUUCCUCCAGAGGCCUGCCUCAGCCUUAUCAGAUGUAGUGAUCCCUGAGAGCCCUGAGGCCUAUGUUAAACUAACAGAAAAAACACUGAGGUCCUCCACUGGAGAUGCUGCCUCUACAGACUCACAUGUUCACCCUCUGGAUGUCAGCCGUUUUCACCUGCCGCAAACUGAAAGCACUCGCAGUCGGACUCCCACAAGCUCAGAACUAGAUGCCUCUUACAUGGGAUAUAUGCGGCUGCUGGGUGAAUGUCGUGGCAGUAUCGAUACAGUAAAGAGGAUGGGCUUUGAGCUUAAGGAGGAGGAAGACACUGUGUCUGGACUUGCAGAUCCCAAUAGCUCAGAGUCCCAGACAUCAGGAGUUAUUGAGCGAUGGGAGCUCCUGCAGGCUCAGGACCUCAGCAAAGAGAUACGCACGAAACAGAACCAGCAGCAGUGGCAGCAGCUGAACUCUGACCUGAACAAUAUUUGGACCUGGCUGGGAGAGACAGAGGAAGAGCUGGAGCAGCAGCGGAGGCUGGACCUCAGCACAGACAUCCAGACGAUUGAGCAGCGCAUUAAAAAGCUCAAGGAGCUGCAGAAGGCUUAUGAAAAGCGUAAGGCUAUCGUGUUGUCCAUCAACCUGUGCAGCACUGAGUUUGUUCAGUCAGACACGGAUGAGUCCCGAGAGCUUCAGGCCAAACUAAAAGACAUGAACAACCACUGGGACAAACUGGGCAGCUCACUGGAGGAGUGGAGGUCUUCAUUACAGGAAGCUCUGAUGCAAUGUCAUGACUUCCAUGAGAUGAGCCAUGGUCUGCUGCUCUGGUUGGAAAACAUCGACCGCAGGAGGAAUGAGGUGGUUCCCAUUGACCCAAUCCAGGACAGUGACACUCUCCAUGAGCAUCAUAAAACACUUACGCAAAUCCGACAGGAACUGCUGGACUCUCAGCUCAAAGUGGCCUCUCUUCAGGACAUGUCCCUUCAGUUGCUGGUCAACGCUCAGGGCAGCGACUGUCUGGAGGCCAAGGAGAAGGUCCAUGUUAUUGGGAACCGCCUCAAAAUGCUGCUCAAGGAAGUAACCCGAGACCUCAGAGAGCUGGCCAAAAUUCUGGACAUCACAAGCAGUCAACAGGAUCUGUCAUCUUGGUCCUCUGCUGAUGAACUGGACACAUCUGGUUCUCUCAGCCCCGUAUCAGGAAGGAGUACACCAAGUCGGCGGCGAUCGAAACGGGGCAAAUGUAGUCUGUCAAAGCCUGGACCCUCUGUGAGCAGUCCACUCCACAGGUCUCGCGGCGCUGGAUCCGUUUCCUCCCCUUCUGAUCCGGACAUGUCACCAGGUCAUGGGUCCUCUCUGCUGUGGCGUGUCCUCUGGUUCGCGCUGCCUCUCCAGUUCAUCCUGCUCCUGUUAGUGGUCUUUGCCUUCCUGGUGCCACUCUCAGAGGAGGACUACUGUGCUCAGUCCAACAACUUUGCAAAUUCCUUACAACCGAUGCUGAGUUACACUAACGGACCACCUCCAGUGUAGGCUGAGCAGCUGAAAGAGCGUUUCAUGUCAGUAUUCAUGCAUCAUUAUGACUUGAAUUGGAAUCACGGUGAUGUCGUUAAAUGGUCAAUUACGUUGGGAGCAAAAAUUGAUCUUGGUCAUCCAUUUGUACUGCAGAAAAACAGCUACCAUCUACAGAUAAUAUCUACAUGUGUAACAUAUAGGAUCAAGCAUCUCACUAUGUUACUCUGUAACGCUGUGUUGAUAAGGAGCAUCCUUGGUGUAACACAAUUGAAUAAACUGUGUUAGCCCACAGUGGAAAUUUCUGGAUGAAUGAACUGAAGAUCAAAUCAGUGGUGUAAACAUUUCUCUGAGGAGAUCUGUCAGUGGAUAGCACCAAAGUGAAAUGCUAAGAUUUAGCCUUGUGAAAUUGCUUGUAACUCAAAAGUUUGUAAAAAAAAAAAAAAAAAAGGGAACAAAAAUAACAUGUAAUAUAUCUCACAUUGCAAUAUUUUUUUACCUGUAUUUUGGCAUGCAUUUCUCAUCAUUGUUUUUAUUUACUAACAUCCUUCAUUGUGUCGGUGGUAAACAAUCCAUUUUUAACUUGAAUGACAUUGAUUCAUGUAAGAUUUAUUAAGCCAAGUUGUGUGUUCUUAAAGCCAGACACAGUUCAAGAGAUUAACCUUUAACUUUGUUCAUCCAUGAUCUUUUUACAUUUUGCUGUUUUUAUUUUUUAAACAAAUAUAAAUGCGACUUUAAGAUUGAGAAUUAUGAUAUAUAUAUAAAUACAUAGAACGACUGUAUAUUUUGUAUGACUGUCCGUAUCAAAUGUAUAACAGUCUGGGAUUAUUGUCCAUGUGUAUAUAUGAAUAUGAUAAAUAUAUGUAUAUGAGCCCAUGGAAAACAAUGAA